AUGCAUCGAAAAGCUGUUACAGUGAUCCUUUUGAAUUCACUCAUUAUUCCAAUCAUUCUGGCCGGUGACAACUUGCCGAGAGCUCGAACCGAACAAGGUGUUUAUAUUGGUAGUCGAUCAACAAUAAACGACAUAACUGUUGCCUGUUGGUAUGGUAUACCCUACGCUGAACAACCUGUUGAUAAUCUUAGGUGGUUGCCUCCUCUACCUCUUCCAACGUCAAAUGAUAUCAAUAUUGCCGAUACUGCUACUUUAUGUCCGCAACUGAGCAGUUUUGAACCGCCAUAUACCGAAGCUUGUCUUACACUGAAUGUGCACGCUCCCGAAAACGCAAGCAAUUUACCUGUCUAUGUUUGGAUUCAUGGAGGUAGUUUUACGACAGGUGCUGGUGGAUCGUAUAAUGCUACUCCAUUCGUUAUCACAAGCAUUAACUAUUCGGCUCCUAUCGUUGUUGUUACCAUUAACUAUCGAAUUGGCCUACUUGGUUUUCUUGCAGAUGAAGCAUUUUAUAAUGGGAAAUCAGGAGUCGAUGGGAGAAGAACGACAGGUAAUUAUGGAAUCUUAGAUCAAAUUAUGGCACUCGACUGGAUAAAGAAGAAUAUCCGUAGUUUUGGCGGUAAUCCAGAAGAAAUCACUAUCGGCGGUGAAAGUGCUGGUGGCAUCUCUGUCAGUGUUCUCCUGACAUCGCCAUUAGUUAAGACUGGCACAUUUCAAAGGGCGAUUAUUCAAAGUGGUGGUAUAUGGCCCAAUGCUACUAAGGAUCUUCAGACAGCAUUUGAUGAUAGUGGAAAUAUUUUGAGACCUCUGGUGAAUUGUAGUACAGUAGAAUGUCUACGCAAUUUAACGGUCAAGCAAAUCCUUCGAGCUCAAAAAACGAUCGCGUCGAAGAAUAUUUUUGGAACAGCUGCAACUCCAGUCGUUGAUGGUUAUGUUUUAAAUGAUACAAUAGAAAACAGUUAUGCAAGAGGAAAUUUUCAAAAAGUUCCCAUUCUUGUUGGAUCCACUACCAAUGAAACGGCAUUAUAUACAUGUCAAGUCUUUAAAGGAUCAGCUACUGAAGCACAGGUUCAAGAAUUUUUCCAAUCAAUAUACAAUUCAAACAUGAUCAGUCAGUUUCCUGAUGUUUACGGACCAAUGUCAGUCUAUAACGAAUCAUUAACUUAUUUAAAUAUUAUCUACAGUGAUUCGUGGUUGCAUUGCGGAUCUAGACGUAUCGCUGCGCAGUUCUCUAAUUCAAAAUUACCUUCUUAUUUGUUUACAUACAACCAUCUUAUACCUGUUACGCCACGUUGUUUUGGUGUGACCCACUCUACCGAACUGCCCAUGUUUUUUCCGUCUCUUGUGCAGCGUUAUUUUCCCAAGUAUAAUUUAACUGAAGAGGAGAAACAGCUUUCUAUUAACAUGAUGCGAUAUUGGGUGAACUUUAUUCGAACAUCCAAUCCUAACUUCGAAGGCAGUGCAAUAAAUUGGGAUACUUAUUCAAUCAAUUCGGAUAACGAUUUAGUUCUUGACACUGCUCUACGAAUGAGAAAUUAUCAUUAUAAAGUUGCUUGCUCAUCUCUAUGGGAUCUUUAUGCAACCACAAACGGUACUCCGACAUCAAGUGCCAUAAGUUCUACGAAAAGCCGACAAUAUUUUCUAUCAUUUUUCUGUACUGUUUUUUUCCAAGCCAUUCUUUGUACUUUUGCGCGUUUUUAG